CUCUUUCGGUCUAUAAAAUUGAAACUCUACAUUGCGAGUAAACGAGACCGGUGCGGAAAUCACUAGGAAUCAUAUAGCCUCCGAACUCGAGCACUUUCCGCGUUGAUUUGGAGCUUUCAAUUCUCGAAGUUUCUCUGAAACCCAGAAACGUGUUCAGGAAACGAAAAGAUACGCAAUGAAGACGACCGUGUCACACUUGUUUCAUUCACGGUCAUCAUUGCCAAGACUCCAGAAGGAGCAGAAUCUUACAUUCUGAUCUGUUAACUUCAUCUUCUGUGGGAAGCACCUGGACAGAGACUUCAUGCAAGCUUCCAGCUGAACGUGUAAUGGCUACAUCCAGGCAUGGGAGACUAUUAACAACAGAUUCUAGCAAGGUUGAUGAACCGUUCAAAGUUGAGGAAGCCGAGACAAAAGAUGUCCCACCACCUCCAACAGAGAAGUUACUUGUGUUGGGGGGAAAUGGAUUUGUUGGGUCACAUGUUUGCAAAGAGGCACUGGAUCGUGGUUUAUCUGUCUCCAGCCUGAGCAGGUCUGGAAGGUCAUCUGUACAGGAUUCUUGGGCCAAUAGCGUGGUCUGGCAUCAAGGAAAUCUCCUUUCACCUGAUUCAUGGAAGGAUGCCCUAAAUGGAGUGACUGCAGUGAUAUCAUGUGUUGGAGGUUUUGGCUCGAAUUCACAUAUGUAUAAAAUAAAUGGUACAGCAAACAUCAAUGCAGUAAGAGCUGCAGCAGAACAAGGUGUAAAAAGAUUUAUAUACAUCUCCGCUGCUGACUUUGGUUUGGUGAAUUAUUUGCUGAAAGGAUAUUAUGAGGGGAAGAGAGCUGCUGAAACAGAGUUAUUGACAAGAUUCCCUUAUGGAGGUGUCAUUCUUAGGCCAGGUUUUAUGCAUGGGACUCGCCAAGUUGGGAGUGUUAAAGUUCCUCUAGGAGUCAUUGGAUCUCCAUUGGAAAUGGUUCUUCAAUACGCAAAACCACUCACUCAAGUCCCACUUGUAGGGCCACUAUUAACUCCUCCUGUAAGUGUGACUUCAAUUGCCAAGGUUGCAGUCAGAGCUGCGACAGAUCUUGUAUUCCCUCCUGGCAUCGUAGACGUUUACGGCAUACAACGCUAUAGCCAAGCAAAGUGAAGGAGUCUCCUAGUCAUUUUUAUUUGGCCUGGAUUUCCUCAGUAGAUAAUAACACAAAAUCCUUGAACCCCAAAUGUUGUUUUCAUUAUAAGCCAGAUUGAAGAUUGAGGCUUCUUUUGUUGCCUUAAUCUCUGUGAGGCAAUAAGAUGCAAGUAUGUCAGUUUACCAUUGCCUCUUGUAUUUCUGUUCUUGGUAGUAUGCAUGAUUCAUUAUCUGGAGGGGGUCCUCUCAAAAA